AUGCUGAAUGCCCCUCCUGAGAGUGCACCCUGGUCACUACCCACAGGACCGCCCACAGAGGCGGAGAUCCGAAAGGAACUCCAAGCCCUGAAACGCCACAAGGUAGCUGAACCAGACGGCCUGCCACCUGCUCUCUUUAAAGAUGGUGGAGAUGCUCUCGUAAGCGAACUUGUGAGACUGUUCUCGAAUACCUGGGAAACUGAAAGUGUACUCCACAUAUGGGGAGAAUCGAUUGUCACAUCAAUCUACGAGAAAGGCUGUCGCAACGCGUUCCAAUCACAGGGACAUAUUUCUAAUUCUGACAGCGCCAAACUACUGAUGUCCGUUUCAUUAUGCAGACUAAGCCCAUUUCGUGAAAGGCAAUUCGGCGAGGAGUUGGCCGGGUUUCGUGCACACCGUGCUUGA